UUGGCCGAUCGCGUCACGUGAUCCGUUGUCCGUCGUGUCCUCUGUGCGAAGCGGCCGUUACGUUACGUUCGCCACCUUCCACCAACACGUGUGCGAUCGCAGGCUGUUUGCCACCAGCUGUGCACCUCCCUGUUUCCAAGACCGGGUCGCAAGCACGCCCCGUCGUGAUUCCGCACGAGAAGAUUUUUCGUUUCCCGCGCCUGCAUGACUUUUCAUCGGUGGCACGCAUCGAGCAUCACGCCGUUCCUCGUCCGAAGAUCAACGCACGCACCACCGCCGGCCGAUCCAAUCAUCGGGGCAGCCUGUCGGGGAAACGCGAGGCGGAGGAGUCGAGGAGAGAGCUGAACGGAGCAACGGUCGACUGUAGCAGCAGCGAGCCACGAUGCAGGAGUCGCAGCCGAAGAAGGGCAAGAAAGGUAGGAGAAAGCGAAAUGACAGUGAUGAAGAAGACAUUGAGCAAGUACUGGCGGAAUUGGCGCUAGAAUACUCUGGAGAAAAACCCACUACAGAAAACAAUGUUAAAAGUACACAGGAAUCCAAUGAACAAAAUGUUGACACUGAAGAUAAAAAGAAAAAAGGGAAAAAGGAAAAGAAGAAGGAAAAGGCUGAGAAGAAUGAUAUCAAAGAUGAAACCAUAGACAAUAAUGUAGUAGAAGCAGAAAUAAAUAAUGCUGACAUGGACACUGAAGUUAGUACUGUAAAAACGGCAGCACAAAAGAAAAAAGAGAAAAAAGAGAGGGAGAAACAAAAGAAAUUAGCGCAGAAAAAAGUAGAAUUUGAAAAGGAAACUAAUAAGAAAGAAGAGACAGAAAGUGUAGAUUCUGAAGAAAAGAAAAAUGAUAAAGUAUCGGUUAAGAAACAAGAGAACGUAGAAGCCGAUGGCGAUAUUGUUGAUCUGGAAGAUGGAACAAAGAAGAAAAAGAAGAAAGGAAAAGAAGAGACUAAAGAGAAAAGUAAAGGGCCUGGAAAGAAAACUAUUGCAGCUAUGCAAGAAGCUCUAAAAAAGUUAAAAGAAGAAGAAGAAAGAUUGAAACGUGAAGAAGAAGAAAGGAUAAAGCAAGAAGAAUUGCGAGAGCAAGCAAGAUUGGAACAAUUACGGCUUGAACAAGAACGCAAAGAGAAAAAAAAAUUGAAAGAGAAACAACGAAAAGAACGAUUGAAAGCAGAAGGGAAAUUGCUAACAACGAAGCAAAAACAAGAUAGAGCUAGGGCACAAGCAAUGAUAGAAGCGCUAAAAGCUCAAGGAUUCGAUUUGCCAGAAGUAGGAGAGAAGAAACCUAGACCAGGAACACGAAUUAGGCCAAAUAAAAUAAAGCAACAGCUUAGUGUUGAAAAGAAAGAGGACGAAAAGACAGAGGAGAACGAAACAUCCGCGGCUCAAGUUCAAGUCGAAAUUGUAGAUGAACCAGUAAAUGUAGUAGAGAAGAAAGAGGAGGACGAUGUGAAGGAUUCAUGGGAUGUCGAUACUACUGAUGACGAACAAGAAGAAGAAAAAUCAGAUGAUAUUCUGAAAACUCCUGAAAAAGUGGAAAAACCUGUUGAAAAAGUCUCAGUCUUGGUUGAAGAAAAGAAGGAAUCGUCCGAGAGCGAUACAGAAAGUGAAAGUGGAAGUGAAUCUGAGUCUGAGGAUGAGAGCGAUGAAGAUAGUGAAGUGGAGGAUAAAGUGCCAGAUGCCGCGCGUAAAAAGGAACGUGCACGGGAACGAAUUCAGAAUCGCCGUAUAGAGGCAGAGAAGAAGAAAUCUUUAGAUAAUCUGAGAGCCGCCGUUGUCUGUGUUUUGGGACACGUCGAUACUGGCAAAACGAAGAUCUUGGACAAAUUGAGGAGAACGAAUGUGCAAGAUGGUGAAGCUGGUGGUAUAACUCAACAAAUUGGUGCUACUAAUGUACCAAUUGAAGCUAUUCAAGACUCAACAAAGCAUGUAAAGGGCUUUGCUGACAAGAAAUUUAAAAUUCCUGGUCUCUUGAUCAUAGAUACACCUGGUCACGAAUCGUUUAGUAAUCUCAGGAGCAGGGGGUCUUCUCUUUGUGAUAUAGCAAUUUUAGUUGUAGAUAUUAUGCAUGGGUUGGAACCACAAACUAUAGAAAGUAUCAAUUUAUUGAAAGCAAAAAAAUGUCCAUUUGUUGUCGCCCUCAAUAAAAUUGACAGAUUGUAUGAUUGGCAGACCAUGAAUCGGAAAGAUGUUCAAGAUAUAGUAAAAAAUCAAGAAUCUAAUACUCAGCGAGAAUUUGAAAGACGCUCGAAGGAUAUUAUUGUACAGUUUGCAGAACAAGGUCUGAAUGCGGCAAUAUAUUACGAGAAUCCAGAUCCUAGGGAAUACGUAUCGUUAGUUCCUACCAGUGCUAUAACAGGCGAAGGUAUGGGCAACCUGUUGGCUUUAAUAGUUGAUGCCUGCCAAGGCCCUCUCGCUAAAAGAUUAAUGUAUAGCGAAGAGCUUCAGGCCACCGUACUGGAAGUCAAAGCAUUGCCUGGACUCGGUACUACGAUAGACUGUAUUCUAGUCAAUGGGAUGUUAAGAGAAGGUGAUACAGUCAUCAUCGCUGGUACGGACGGGCCUAUUGUAACACAAAUUCGCUCGCUUCUUAUGCCACAACCGUUAAAGGAAUUACGAGUUAAGAAUGCAUACAUCGAACAUCGUGAAGUUAAAGCUGCUCAAGGAGUAAAAAUUGCUGCUAAAGAUCUAGAAAAGGCCAUUGCUGGAUUAAAUCUGCAAGUCGCGCAGAAACCAGAUGAGGUAGAAGUUAUGAAGGAAGAAAUAGCAAAGGAAUUAUCUAGUGCUCUAGGAAAUAUACGAUUAGCUGAACGAGGGGUUUACGUCCAGGCGUCAACCUUGGGGGCCCUUGAAGCAUUGUUAGAUUUCCUGAAAAGCAGUAAGAUACCGUACUCCGGAAUUCGUAUCGGACCGGUCGUCAAGAAGGACGUCAUGAAAGCUUCUAUCAUGUUGGAGCACGAUAGCCAGUACGCGACGAUUCUCGCGUUCGACGUGAAAAUCGAGAGGGACGCGCAAGAGCUCGCCGACUCGCUGGGCGUCAAGGUCUUCCAGGCCGACAUUAUUUACCACCUGUUCGACAAAUUCACCAAUUACCGGGAGGAACUGAAGCAACGCAAGCGGGACGAGAACAAGCACAUCGCCGUGUUUCCGUGCAAGCUGAGGAUUCUGCCGCAGUACGUAUUCAACUCGAGGGACCCGAUCGUGAUCGGCGUGAUGGUCGAGGCUGGAAUCGUCAAGGAAGGAACGCCGCUCUGCGUCCCGAGCAAGGACUUCGUUGACUUGGGCAUGGUAACCAGUAUAGAGUACAACCAUAAGCCCGUGGAAUCGGCUAGGAAAGGCCAAGAGGUCUGCAUCAAAAUCGAGUCUGUACCGGGAGAAGCGCCCAAGAUGUUCGGCCGUCAUUUCGAGGCGAAAGACUUUCUCGUCAGCAAGAUAAGCCGGCAGAGCAUAGACGCCUGCAAGGAUUACUUCAGGGACGAUCUACUGAAGACCGAUUGGCAACUCAUGGUGGAACUGAAGAAGCUCUUCCAGAUACUCUAGGAUACGAUGAGGAUCGCGGCGGCGACAUUGUCCAAGGGCCUCUCGCUGCACCGGUGGCCGCCUCUCGGCGAGAAAAUCGGGUCCGUCGAACCCGAGCGAGCGUCUCCUCGACGUCCUCGAGCAUCGAUGACGCGGCGUCCACGAAUCUGUCCCCCUAAAUUUCUCUUCGUUCGGCUCCGAGGGAUCGGAGCCGAGAAUUCCAGGUCGACGACGAGCAUGCCGUCGCCGGAGGGGACGCGAAGGCGAUGAUCCUGCCGGUGUCCUUGGAGGACACUCAACGGGGAGGAGACGCGAUCGCGUCGGAUUCCGCGAUUGCGUUCGGAGUAUUUGCGGAGUACCGCGAAAGCGGUGCUACCGUGUAUCUUGCCGACGAGCAGGAAGCGUACGUAACGUAGCCGGUCGCUUCGGGGAGCAAGCUUCUUGGAAGUGCAUGAUCGCGAGGAGAGGAUCGCUCCGGAUGGGCUACACGACGUUGUAGAUACGCGGAAAGGAGGAGACUGAGAGUCGGGAGUGAAAAAAAGGAAGAGAGACGAGUGAAGGGGUUGAGGAAACGGGGGGGGAGGGAGGGAGAAAAGGUAAAUUAACGUGACGAUGAACGAAAUAAUUGCUCGAGAACCUCGUUUUGUAUAUGUAAUAACCUCUUUGUAUAAGAUGAGCGCAAGCAUUGCGGCGCCGGAAAAUAAAGACUACCCGUUUUCGCAAAAAAGAGAGAAAAUAAAGGAGAGAGGGAAAAAUGUCGCUCUGUCUUCCUUUCUUGGUACCCGUCUCCACAUCUCGGACGCAAGCCAUUUUAUGUGUCCGACGUGCUCGCAGUUAUCAGUAAGUAUUCAUCUUUUGGGGGGUCGUUCACCUGCUAAACUUUCUGCAUUUUUGCGAGGAGACCUUUUACCAUGACGCGUCUUGCAGGUGUUACGGUCAUUUGUCAUUUUUAAACCCGCAGAUUUAAGGACCGUUCGGGCGAGUGAAAAUUUUCAAUUUUCAAUCUUUGCGUGCGUGUAUGUGUGCGUUAACAUCUCUAUGGAAUGUGAAAAAAAUAACUACUUUUGUCCCAUUCUGUCAUUGCCUGGCAUAAAUUACCGUCAUUUAAGCGACUGCCGUCUAUUGAGAAACGUCAAAACCAAGCUGUAAGCCUAGGCGUAAACACAUUGAAAAAUUGAACAAAACGUCCUCCGGGAAAAGGGCCCACGAUCCUCCUCUAUUUGGACCCUUCUUCUGACUAUCACCUCCAUUACACGUCCCUUUAUUAAGACUUUCGACGAUACGUACACCCCGACCGUGGGAACGCGCGUUUUUAAUUGGCCGAGAGUGGCAAUAACGCCGGAAAGAAACUCGAGAAAUAAAUCGACUACGACGGAGGAGGAGGAGGAGGAGGAGGAGAAGGAGAGCGACAAUGACGACGAACGACAACGACAACGACGAUGACGUGUAACGUUACGCAGUAGAUCGCAUAUCGUUCUCGAAUCCUCUCGUGAGCCGCCCCCCUCCUCUCUAGCGCAACCGGAAGUGACAAUAAUAGAUCGCGCGGGGCGUGUAAGAUCGAUCGAUCGUGUCGAGAAGAAAUCCGACGUCGGAGAUUAUUCUAAAUCAUUCAAGUCGCUGUAUAAUAUCCGCAGCGAAACGCAGACUCGCUUACGUAAGUCGUAAGUUUUAAUCGGUUUAUAUCCGACCUCCUCCCUUCUCUCUCGUCUUCCCCGGCCUUCUCGUCCCCGAUGCGGAUUCCGCGCGUCUCGUGUGCGCGCUACUCUUACGCGUAUUAUCUUACACACAUCGAUACGUACCGAUACGUGCGUGCGUGCGUGCGUACACCCGCGCGCGCGCGCGCGUUUCCUCCGUUUCUUCUCUCCCCUUCCGUGCCAUGUCGACGGCGACGACGUUGUCCUAAGUCGAUGCCGUCCGCACGAAUAACCGACGACCAGCGUGAACAAACGGUAACGAAUGAUAACGCGAGUAAAUAAAUUUUAACGCCUGUCUUUACCUAGACUUGAAAAAAAAAAAAAAACUUGCGCGCAUUAUCUACUUCCGCUUCUGAGCGAAGGGGAGGGAGAAAAAUUAGCCUAUCAGUGGAAAUAACGUUGGAUUCCUUCUCGCGGAAGUUUCCUAUCGGAAAGUUUGAUAGUUGCCAGGCAAAAAUCGAGCCAGCUGCCAACGAAACAUCCUCUCUUUUACAUACGUAUUACGUUCUGCGCGCAUAAAUUACGUUACAAAAUUGUGUAAAUAUCGUAUAUUAAAUAUUAGAGUUGUGAUAAAUUAUUGAAUUAUAAAUUACAUCGUUGUCAUCUACACCAUACGAAAUUGUUAAUACGUUCGUCAAUAAAAAUUUCCGUGUGACCGAUUACCAAUAGCUAAUAGUUCUCUCGCGGUUCCCCGAUCGAUUUCCGGCGAUCGAGGAACCGACUCAUCCGAACCAUCGCUGAUCGGAAAAGAUGUCGUGUCCUUGCUGGGAGCAACCGAAAGCGCGAGUCGGUAGGCCUCGCUCAAUAAACGCGCACGUCAUUUCGAGUCAUUCAUACAUCUGCAGGUUGUCUCUUUCUCUCUCUCUUUCUAUCGCUAUCUCUCUCUACGUGAUCGCCGUGCGUGUGCAACUGCGUUGCGCACGUGCGUGCUCGCGCAUUGACCAUGCGGCUCGACGGCCGCGUGAUCGAAGAUCGCUCGUUGUUUGUGGCGAUUUGCACGAGAUCGAACGACCGUGGACGACGGCGUCGCGAUGCCGUCCCGUUCACCCGUGGAGAAACACUUAUCCGACGCGACGUCCGAGCUAGUCAGCUCUCGGAAACGCGGCGAUACUAGGCGGCCUUUUUGCUCUUAUCGCGCUUGAAGAGCGGAUACGAUGUCCGACAGGUCCAAAUUCCGUCGUGGCAAACAUGUGCGAAAGCAGUCUGUAAUGCACGAUAAUCUACAGGGUGUCUGCGAAGUGAGUCGCCGGCUCUCGGAACGUAUUCGUCUGGAGAACGAAGAGAGGCUGCCUCUGAAGUACCCCGCGUAGUCAUUUUUAAGAAUAGAAGCUUGUGUCAGCGCGCCGAGAGAGGAGUAUUUGGUAUUUGUUUGACCGUGAAUGCUAAAAUAAUUAUGAUUAGAAUUAAUCUAUUUUUUCAACUAUUAUUUCUAUAAUAGUACUAACGGCACGACUGUGAUAUGUUACACCGGCAAAAAGAAAUGAUUACAAUGAUUAUCACAGUUUAAACGUGGUUGAAAAAAAAAUGUGCUUAUGAAUUGCGGUAACAAAUAUAAUUAUGUUCGGUGCCAACUGUAUUCAAAUUAUGGUAAUUGCAACAUGUCCCUGUCAAUGUGACAAGACUUGUAUGUCAUGAUUAACAGUACAGCAGCAGCAGCAACUAGAAAAAUGGAACUCUCCUAAUCCUAACCAUUUUAACAUUCAAUUCUAAUCAUAGAUAAUCAAAUACUUUUUUUUUCAGUGCAGUAAUAUAUCCAAAAAUUAUAUAGUAUGCAGAGAAACGUUAAACAAUGCCGCAACGGUAGCCGCCACGUGUUUCAAUGGGAACGUAGUAUCAAGCAAGUUUCGCGCGAGAGAGAUACGUAAGAAAAACGUGGGGGAGGGGCGAGCGGGAGAGGGGGGAGAAUGUAAUUGUGAAAAUGAGGGUAACAUUUCGCCACUGCUAUUCCAAGUACACUAACUUCUUUAUACCGCCCGAAUGACUUACUUAAUUAGAGGCAAUUAACCUCCGCAAUUGCUGAAAGCGAUGGCGCAGGAAAAUACGGGAAGAAGGGACGGAAGGGGAGGGGUGUAGUCGGGAGAAUGUUUCUUUUUCCGAUCUUUACGGUUACGUGGAAUUCACUUUUGUGACGAGCGCCGUAGAUUGAAAGAGAAGAAACGUUGCCGACACGAGCGUUACAUCCUUUUAAGCGAGACUUUGCAUUUUUACUAUUAAACACGCUUCGAGUUACGCGCUGAGAGAGGCAUUAGAAAUCUUAAGUUGAGUUGUGCGUGAAAUUUAUUUUAGGCGAAAAAUUGCAUCAGUAUAGAUUACGGAAAGGCAAUUAAAGUUCUGAUCUCCGAAAACUCGCCGUUCAUAAAUCCGUAACUGACUUGUGACUCGGGGGAACCUUUCCGACCGAGAGAAUACGGGAACCCGAAGGAGGGACCCGUGUACGGUUAGGGCCCUCACCUCGAUCGAAAGGGAUUUUUUACGGAUGAGCAGGCAUGAAUUGCGAUCCAGCGCGUCGACGCAUCAUCCCUCCUCACGAAAAGUUCCGUCGUUGUAUUUCACGCAGCGUAAAACUUCCGACGUGAAUGCGACUGUUCGUCGACUCAUUGAGGACGUGCUGUUGCGGCGGUAUGAAAGAAGGGCGAUGUUGGAGGGGACCGAUGGAGACAGAGGAAGUGUGUAUGGUUCUAGGGAGAAAGACAGAGAAAAAGCACGAAAGUGAAGAGAGAGAGAGAGCUCGGCAAGAGGGCUGAAUGGGAGGAGGGGAGGGAGGGGGAGCGUUUCCACACCGGAUAUCCUCUCGAGGGAAGCGGUGCACGCGAUUCGCAUCGCCGCCACGCCCGUGUGGCGUGUUGUAGAUAUAAACGUCGCCGCUCGUAUUACUAACAGUAUAAAUGGCCGACGAAAGGCGGCCGGGGCACCCAGCGACGAUUGGAUUGAAAUUGUUCAGCCAGCGAGCGCGAGACACUUCUCUCGCCGAGCGAGAACAACAACAAUGUAUUAUCGCGUGUCGUUUGAGAACGAAAUGCCCUCUCCUUUUCACAUUGACACAUCGAUCGCACGAAUCGCGAAUUCAAUGAUUGACGGAGACAAUUUUCGUAUAUUGAGUAUGAUACAUGUUAUUUUGUUAGGAAGUAAUUCGUAACCGAUCAGUCAUGUAACAGGGCGAUUAACGCGUGGAAAAUGGAAUAGAUGACGUCGAUUUAAUUUCACCAACUUCCAUUUUUUUAAUUCCAUGUACAAUCGAAAGAUUCGUUCUCUUUAGCGUAACGAUAAGACAAUCGCUUCACUGCGAUGAUUUUGUAUUAUACUUUUCGAGGAAGAAGCGAGUAAUUGACUCGGGCGAGACCCGCGUGUUUCCCGUACUGUCGCGUGAAUCACGAAUCGGUCGAUAUGAGCAUCGCUACUGUGAACCGACGAGGAUGCGUGUUUCGUCGCAUUCUCGGAAUGAGGUAUGUCAUAUUCCGCCUCCGGUGUAUCGCGUCCGGAACGACGUCCGGAACGUUGUUUCCACGAAGAUCCGCCGAAGUGCACUGUCCCGGCGACGAUAACGGCGACGAUGAAGCGAAUCCUAAAAGCCUUUGUGCGGCACCAGAUUUCCGAUGCCGAUAAUCGCCGAAGUCGCGCGUAGAAUUAAUUAUCCACUAACUGAGUGUCCGUCUAAGAGAAAUACAAUAAGUCAGCACAUUACCGAAGGAAGUACUUUUUUUUUUACAUGCGGGAUAUCCUGUAACUCGAUCGUUUAGAGAUUGUCUCAGAGCAUAUUCUUUUCAAUGGGACGGCAUAUUUCCAUUAAUGUAAGUAAUGUAGUUUAUAAAAACGAGAAAAAAAAACAAAUUCGAGCAUAUUGGAUGUGUUGACUUUAAGAUGACAAAAACGUGAUGAAAAAGUUAAAUCACGUUAAUGAAAAUAUACCAACUCAUUUUUUUUUUUAUGUUCGUCAUCUCCGAAUGAUUGAAUUACAGGAAAUGCCCUGUAUAUUUGCUGUAUCAAAAAAAAAUAUAUUAGAAAGUAUGUUUUUGA